AUGAUCGCCAUAGGGCUAGAGGGAAGUGCCAAUAAGCUCGGCGUGGGUGUCAUCUCACAUCCUGCUCCCGGCAAACCAGCACAAGUACUGUCCAACAUUCGGCAUACUUUCGUGACACCCCCCGGAGAGGGGUUCUUACCCAAAGACACUGCAAAACACCAUCGAACAUGGGUAGUCAGACUCGUAAAGGAAGCCAUGACAGAAGCCGGAGUAUCUAUUAACGACAUCGACUGUAUAUGCUAUACAAAGGGGCCGGGAAUGGGUGCUCCAUUGCAAAGUGUAGCUGUGGCGGCCAGAAUGCUCUCACUCCUGUGGCAGAAGGAACUUGUUGGGGUCAAUCACUGCGUGGGACAUAUAGAGAUGGGACGGGAAAUUACAGGCGCUGAUAAUCCCGUGGUGUUAUACGUCAGUGGAGGAAAUACACAAGUCAUCGCAUACGCCGAGCAAAGAUAUCGAAUAUUUGGAGAAGCUCUCGAUAUUGCAGUAGGGAACUGUCUCGAUAGAUUUGCACGAACACUGGAGAUCAGCAACGACCCCGCUCCCGGAUACAAUAUUGAGCAGCUGGCAAAAAAAGGAAGGGCGUUGUUGGAUCUGCCGUAUGCGGUUAAGGGAAUGGACUGUUCAUUUUCCGGAAUCCUGGCCAGCAUCGACAUCUUGGCUGCAGAACUCAAGGCUAAUCCAGAACAACGGGAUUCUAUUACUGGAGAAGUCAUUACUCCAGCAGAUCUGUGUUUCAGCUUGCAAGAGACUGUAUUUGCUAUGUUAGUGGAGAUUACAGAGCGAGCAAUGGCUCAUGUUGGAAGCAAUCAAGUGUUGAUCGUUGGAGGUGUGGGUUGCAAUGAAAGGCUUCAAGAUAUGAUGGGCAUCAUGGCAAGGGACCGAGGUGGAAGUGUGUUCGGUAUGGAUGAGCGGUUUGCCAUCGACAAUGGCAUUAUGAUUGCCCAUGCGGGCUUGGAGGCCUACAAGACAGGCUUCACAACACCUCUUGAAGAGAGUACUUGUACUCAGCGGUUCAGGACUGAUGAGGUGUUUGUCAGAUGGAGAGACUGA